AUGGCGACAACCGAACGUAUCGUCGUCAAGGAGCUCUCCAGCAGUUUGAUGGACAUGAAGUUCAUGCUCAAAAAGAAGAAGCAAGUCGAAGCGAAGGCCGCGAAGAAAAAAGAGGCUCGAUUAGAGGCGAAAAUCACAGAAACCGAAGGAGAACAAGCGACUUGUUCCACAGAAAUUCCACUAAUUUCCCCAAAAGACGAAAUUUGUCAAGACUAUGCGAAAUUGGAGAACUUGAUGUUCGGAAGACUCUCUUUUGGGGGUUUUAAUAAGGAGGUGGAGGUUCUCAUGAAUUACUAUGAACGGCUUCGAAGCGGCGAAAUUUCCGAUUCAGAAGACGAAGGAAAAGACGUGGAUGAUAAGGAAAUGGCUGAAUCAUUGGGAGGAAAAAAAUUAUCGGCGUUGAACAAGAAAGCGAUGACAAAGCGCGAGAGGCGACAGGAAAACGAGAAAAAUGUUGAGGGUGUCGCCAGUGGAGGAGGAUUCAGUGGAAGAUUCGGCAACAAGAAACGAAGAAACGAUGGAGCAGACGUCGGAGAGCCGCAGAGAAAGUUUUUGAAGCCAAAAGAGGAGGAUUUUUAG